CUAACACAGGAUCCUGGAGCAAAGCAGCAACACACCCUGGGAGGUAGGCUAUCAAAAGUUACCAGACGCGUGUGUUCGUUUUCACACCAAACAAACAGCAGGAGAAGCUGGGAGUCCUGUUUACACUCACUGGAGACAUCUCUGAAGAACAAUGAACUGGUUGUAAUCGUUGUAAUGGCAACCCUGCCGGAGGGAGACAGGGCAGACCUGUUGAAGCGGGGAGUUACUGACGCCAACUCACAUAUCCAUGAUCUGUUUCAUGAAGAUGCACAGGGCUUGCAGCUGUCCAGCCAGCCCUGGUGGAGGAUCAAGCUGUUUGUGUGGGAGCCAGUGCUCUUCGGUACCUGGGAUGGAGUAUUUACCACCUGCAUGAUCAACAUCUUUGGUGUGGUACUUUUCCUACGUACCGGCUUCCUUGUGGGGAACACAGGCGUGCUGCUCGGGAUGUUCCAGGUCUCCAUGGUCGUGCUGUUUGCCUUAGUGGUGGUGAUGUCGGGGAUCGGAGUGUGUGAGCACUGCGGUGUUGGCAGUGGAGGAGUCUACUCCAUGAUCUCCACUGUCCUGGGUGGCCGGGUCGGGGGCACAGUGGGCCUCCUCUACGUCUUUGGACAGUGCGUAGCUGGAGCCAUGUACAUCACAGGUUUCUCCGAGUCAGUGGCGGAGCUGCUGGGUCUGCAGAGUCAGUGGUUGGUGCGCGGCAUGUCAGCGGUAGUGCUGCUGGGUCUGCUGGGAAUCAACCUGGCCGGUGUCAAGUGGAUCGUUCGCCUCCAGCUGCUGCUGCUGGCCGUGCUGGCCGUCUCCACACUGGACUUUGUGAUCGGCACCUUCACGCACCUUGACCCAGAACAUGGUUUCAUUGGUUAUUCACCCUGGCUGCUCAGCAGCAACACAAUGCCAGACUAUACCUCAGGAGAAAGCUUCUUCACCGUGUUUGGGGUCUUCUUCCCUGCUGCUACAGGGGUCAUGGCAGGUUUCAACAUGAGCUCAGACCUUCAGCGGCCUGAACACAACAUCCCUGUGGGAACACUGGCAGCUGUCUUCACCUCGUGGUUCCUGUAUCUGGUCUUUGUCUUCCUUCUGGGGGCCAUCUGCACCAGAGAAGCUCUGCGCUAUGACUUCUUGAUAGCAGAAAAGGUCUCCUUGGUGGGCUUCCUCUUUCUGCUGGGCCUCUACAUCUCCUCCCUGGCUUCCUGCAUGGGCAGCUUGUAUGCAGCACCCAGGAUCCUCCAGUGCAUCGCCCAGGAGAGGGUCAUCCCCGCUCUGGCCUUCCUGGGAAGAGGGAAAGGCCCUAACAGGACUCCCGUGGCUGCUAUCUGUCUGACCAGUCUGCUCACCAUGGCCUUCAUUUUCAUCGGUCAGGUCAACGUGCUGGCUCCGAUCGUCUCCAUAACCUUCCUGCUCACCUACAGCUUCAUCGACUACUCCUACUUCAGUGUGGCCAUGACCUGCCAGCUUCAGAGUAAAGAGAAGAGGGAUACCAUUGCCCCCGCCAAAAGAUACGGGCGUGGGUCAACCAGGCAGAGCUCCAGGGCUCUGAUCGAGGAAUCUCUUCCGAGCUAUGGGAGUGGAGGGGAGAGUCCGCAGCGGAUGAAAGGCACUCUGCUGGAGUUUACCAAGGACAUGGACCAGAUAUUUCCCCCUGUGUCUAUUGUUGAUGCUGGAGCUGAGAAGACCUCCUCCAUGCAAGAGCUGAGCAGUAGAUGCAAAGGCAGAAAAGCUCCAGUCACUCCUAAGCAGAUGCUGAUGGACAGCUUUGGCUUGGACCUCAACAGGAAUAUCUUCCCUGAGGAGAACGUACAGGAGAUGAGUUCUGCUCCACGUGAGGAGGCUGGAGAAGACCCACAGGAGUCAGCUGGUGACCCUCCCCAUCACAGCCCAGGUGAUCAGCUCAUAGAGUUCAGUGUUAGUCUUGUGUGUUUUAAGCAACCUGACCCUAUAUUUAAUCUUUCAGUUGCCGGAGGUAAAGCGGAGCAGCAGAGCGUUGAAAUCAAACCCAUGCAGGAUUCGUUAUAUGUGAAAUUCUGCAACCACUGGGUCGCUCUAAUCGGGGCAUUGAGCUCCAUAUUGAUUAUGUUUGUUAUUCAAUGGGCUUAUGCCUUAGCAAACAUAGUCUUAGCCUUGCUGCUCUUCUUCUACAUCGGGAAAGUGAGUCCUGGACUACCUAUAGGUAUUGCAGCUCGAUUCAGCUUUUUCGUGUGGCUCAAGUCAUCGUUGAAAAGCAUUUGCAGGGGGAAAGGGUCCCCUCAGGAUGAGAUCGUAGUCACCCCCUCUCUGUCCGGGGUCGGGCUGAAAACCAAGCAGCUGACGGAGGAAAAUGCAGACUUUGCCUCUCGUCACCGAUACCACCAAUCGUCCUUCAUAAGAACCGAGACAAUGGUGCAACCACCAGCCCACUGACUGACUUAACUCUGCCUCUGUUUCAUGUCAUAGCUGUAAGCCUGAAACCACAUUUCCUGCCUCAAUCCGUGUGGGCCACAUGCAGCGUACGUACAUACAUGUUACAAAGGUGUCAUUAAAAUGAGUUCAUUCUGCAUGUGUA